GGUAAAUCUUGCCCACAUUGCUGUUGAUGUUUUAUAUACGUCCAGCCAAAUCAAGAUACCCCUUUCCGCUCCCCCUACAUUGUAAAUUGCUGGCCUGCUGGGGAGCGAAGACGGUUGGCCAUGCCUGGGAAAGCGUACCGGCGUGUUAAACAAUCGACAAGCUGGAAACAAGAACAUGUAUCAAUCACCUCAGGCGGCCAGCUACUGCUUGGCCGUCUGGGCAUUCCUUGGUGUUUACCUAGGUCGGUGGCCAUUUAGGUACUGUACCACUGGUUAUCACGUCUGUGAAAAUUUACCCCGCCAACCCCUCCAAUAGCAAAUCAGUCAACAAUAUCCAACAUCCUAUUCCAGGCAACCUCGCAAACAUUAAAGGGAACAAAUUCCAAGACCGACUGGAGACCACUUUCCCAUUGUCGAGAUCAUCUCGACAUCGUUACCCAGAAGAACAGGGGAGAAGAAAAGUAAAAAGGUGGCAAAUCACCUCCCCCACCAUCCAACCAUGGCACCCCCGUCCGCACUCGUCAUCGCGACGCAGUCGGUCCAGCGCCUCGUGAAGGAGGAGACAUACUACCAUAAGGAGUUAGUGGGCCAGAAGGUCCGCGUCCAGAAACUCGAGGACGGUCUCAAGAACGGCAGCGCGGACGCCGACCAGAACGCCGAGUAUGUCCUGAGGCAGGAGAAAAUGGCCGCAGCCGAGACUGAGAAGAUGUUUGGUCCGCUGCGCGAGCGCAUCUCGGACGCGGUCCGGAAGCUCGAGGAGCAGAUCGCGCUGGGCGAGAGCGAGGGGGCCGGGGACGAGGAGCUGGCGAAGGCGAGGGAGGCGUUGAAGGCUGGGCAGCUGGUGGCUGGGACGGAGGAGGUCUGA